CACUGUCAGAACUGUCACGAACGAAAGAAAAGAACUGUUUCUGCAGACUAUUUACAUUUACAAAAUUAUUUGUAUCAGAUAGUGAGCCGUAUACAUAACGAGGUGUAGCAGACGAUGCACUGAUGUAAAGGCGCAGUGCCAGAGAAACUUUUUGGCGUGUUCCCCGCGUGGAACUGCAUUUUUUUUUGUUUCCUUUCCUCAGUUUUGUGUGUUAGGUGUGUGAGCGAGAGGGCGAGCGAGUGAGGAGUGGAGCGGAGCGCAACCUCAAAAUACGAAAUACCCGACCAUUUUCCAUUCUCAAUCUGGGGCUGAGGCUGCUCAGCUGGAUGACAGGAGAGGGAAGAGGAAAACAGGAAAAGGAAAAUCGUAGCAGGCGCUGCUCGGGAAUUCGUAGAAAUCGAAUCAAAUUAACAAAUUACCGUGAAAUUUUAGCACUAGCCGUACGUUAUUUUGUAUAUUUUUGUACGUAUGUACGUGUACGUGCUCCUCGUCCGUCUGCACAAAUGUGGAUGUGCAUGUGCAUCGUAGAGCUCGCGAAUUUUUAUACAUGGAAUAUCUGAGCCAUCGGCGUAUUCCGGAUUCAGCUAACCACCACGACGACGAGGACGAGUGUCUGCGGGGAGAAGGAAAUCGUAUAGAAAGCAAGGAGUAGGAGGAGGAGGCGUAGGAUCACUCAGAUCCCCCAAGGAUCUCAACGUAACCACCACCACCACUGCCUUUUGGGGCAGCGGACUUAGCAUCAGGAUACACCGCAUACCACUAGGAUCCACACAUCUGCCAGUCGAGUGGAGUCCCCAGGGACAACAGCAGCACAGGAAGCGAUCCUCCGAAGGUCCUCCUAUGUACCCACAACAGGGAGGGGGUGGGAAGGGAACCAGGCCACAGUCGACACAUCAGCAGAAUCACAACCACCAAGCCCAGCACCACCAGGCGGCGCACUCGCAUCACCAUCACCUCCAGCCGCAUCAGCAACAGCAGCAGCAACAACAGACAGCUCAGCAGCAGCAACAGCAGCAGCAACCCCACGCGCUGUUCGUUCCGAACCACGGCGGUCUGCACCACCACCAGCAGCAGCAGUUACUGCAACAGCAGCAGCAGCAAAUCCAACAACACAUCCAACAGCAGCAGCAGCAGCAGGCGCAGCAGCAGCAACAACAGCAGCAGGUGCAAGCCCAUCCGCCGGUCAUCUUUUACAACACCCAGCCAACCUAUCCCGCCCACUCGGCGGCGGUCAGCAACAAUGCCAACGGCGGCGGCGGCGCUGCUCUCCAACUGAGCGCCGCCGCCAACAACAACAAUCCCCUGGGACAACAUCCCCACAAUGUGGGCCAUGUUGCAGCCAAUGGAGUGGCGCCCAGCGCCAAUUUAACCCGUGCCCUGAGCAAUCCUACUUUACCGCCCCAUUAUCAGCAGUCAGCUGGCCUGAUCGCUCCCGCCGGCGGAAAUGCAGCCGCUCCGGCCACCUACAUCUCCACGGCCUAUAUACCUUUUAAUCAGACGGGACAACUGAUGGGCAUGCAGUCGGCUGUGCCCUUUCCCACGAACGGAACGGCUGGAACUCCGGCUGCGGCUUACUAUGCAGCGGCGCCACCUCCGCAGCAGCAGCAGCAGAAGCAGCUGGCGCCAAAUGGCCAGCAGCAGGGACCUGGCGGAGCAGCGGGAGCUGGUCAAACGCAGGCGAUUACCUUUUACCAACUGGGCCACGCGGCACAGAACGCGGCUGGGAGCAACGUGGUUAGCGGUGGCAACUCGCAUCGCGGCAACAUCCGCGGUGGCCAGAGACCUGCGGCCGCCGCCCAGCCGCAUCCCAAUUACUUCACCACUUACGCUGUUGCGCCGGGAAAUGCACCACGUCCUGCUCCCGCAUCGGUGGCUCCCAUGAUGAACUCGAGGAAUGGCGCUUUGAACGGGGCGGCUGCCUAUCAUCUGCCCAACUUUAUGGCUUUGGGACCGCCGGCAGGAAUGACUGCGGCUCCCAUGCUGGCUCCAGCUGGAAUGCCCGCUCCGCCUCCUCAAGCGCCAGGUGGAUUGCACACCUACCAGCCGCACUUGCAAAGCAGCAGCGCCACCACUUUGCCCAGUGUGCCGAGUGUGGCUGGAGUGCCGGCUGUGGCCAGUGGUUUCUCAACCACUUCUUUGCCCACUCCGCCUGUGGCGGCCGCCCAACCACUGGGCGGCAAUAACGACAAGAUCAGCAAGCGCAAAUACGCCAUUCCCAUCAUCCAUCCGGACACCAAGGAGAAUGUGAUGGAUCCGAAGAGCUCGGUGUUUAUUAAGAAGGACUCGAACUCCACGCUAACUCCGAAUUCGGAUAGUACCAUGUGCCUCUUUCAGGCGCCCAUCCUUAUGGACUCGGCCUCGGCGUCGUCGCUUCUGUCGGGCGCCAUAGUGGAUCAGCAUAUGCAGACUGUGAAGUCGGCGACUUCGCUUAGUCAGUCUGGUUCCUUGGAAAAGGAGCCGCCGGGUAUGGUGUUUGGUGAGGAACCUGUGGGAGGUCAGGAAGUGCUCCCAUCCCCUCCACCGGGAGCCACGGAUAAGGAUCAGAUUAGCGUCAUUGUCAAGGACAUACUGGCCCACUCGGGCAACACCGAUGAGCAUCUAAGCUUCUGGCAGUACAGUGACGUGGACAAUGCAACGGAAACCCACGAUAGCCUACAGCUGGUUCACUCGGAUUUGAAUUUUCCCGAAGUCAUUGACGCCGGUCAGCAGCCCGUUUUGUUCCAGGAGCAGGCCAAAAAGCAGCGUCCCAAAUCGGCCAAUAAGCAAAGCACAGCAACGCCCACGUCCAUUGCGAAUGACGUAGCCGAGGCAGCGGCCAGCUGUUGCCCAGGGAUCUCCAUCCUGUCCAGAAGCCAGCCGAUGCUGACACCAGCCAGACCCUCGACACCACCGCCAGCUUCCCGUGUCGCCCAGCAGAAGCCAACCAAGUCGAUAGCGACCACAGCUGUUCCAGGUUCGGGUUCACCCAAUAGGAUAUCGAACGUUCCGCCCGCCACCUCGACCACGACCAGCUCGGGGGCCUCCUCGUCGGCUGCCUCCACACCGACCCACGCAUCUAGGCAGCAGCUGCAGCAACAGGCAGUGAAUAGCAAGCUGCCUCCAGGAAGACACUCAACUGCAGCACAACCACCGGCUGCCUCACGCAUCUCAGCCGCCGUUUCCCUGCUCGCCGGCACAUCCACUCUCACCACUAUCAAUCCAACCAGAAAGCAACGAAAGGCCCAAAAGCGGGCCAAGGAGCUGGAGAAGAAGAAACAAAAGUCCUCGAUAACAAGCACCACCACAAGCAGCCAGGGGCAGAACAACAAUGGCAAUGGCAAGGGCAAUGGCAACGGCGGGCCAGAGAUCAACACAAACAACAACAAUGCUGCCAAAGUGACCGCAACAUCAACAACAACCACACUGACAACAACCACGGCAACAGCAGCAGCAACAACCAAACAAGGAGCGACGGCUGUCGAUGAGACAAAGGCGACUGCGCAACCGACGACUGAUAAGCUUAGUGCAACUAGUAAUAAUCCUAACGUAAGUUCUACUCUAAGAGACCCCAUGCUCAAUCCCCUGGAGCAGUUUUCGAGCAACAACAACAAUGAUGAGGACGACAAUGACAUCGACGCGGAGGCAGACAGCGAUCCUGAAUCUGACAGCAAAGAGGACAGCACGACGAAUAUUCCCGCAGGAAAGUCAGAGAAGCAUUUAGCCAACGAGGAGAUUGUGGCCAAAUUCUUGCAAAAGGCCAGCCCCAACACAUCCGCCGCCGCUUCGGAGACACAACAGCUACAGUUCCUUAACAGCAGCAGCUCGGUUUGCGAGGAAGAUGAGCCAGUUCCUCCGGCAGGAGCUGGAGGCGUGGUCAAGGCCGAGGAGAAUACUGAAGUGGAAAUCAAGUUUGGGGAUUUCCAUGAGGAGCCGCGUCACGACACAGGUUUCAUAUGCAGCUCCACAUGGUCAAGUUCGACGAUCAGCAAGGCAGCGGAGGAUGACUCCUCGCAAAGCAGCAAGAGUACUGAUAAUGUGGAUUGUGCUCCCAAGAUAAAUGCACCGCUUGCUGGGGAAAAGAACGCAGGAAGCAAGAAGACUUCGCCACAACAUCAGGCCAAAGGACCCGGAUCACCCAAAGCCAAGUCGAAGAGUCCAACUCCGAGCCCCAGUCCCGCUCCCCAGGUGCCCAAAAACUAUCGCUACAGCAUCGAAACGCUGCGUGAGCUUUCCAAGCGCAGCGACUCGCUGAAGCCACCGAUGGUUCCCUGCCAGAAGGGCGACUGCAUCUCCCAGCUGUUCGUCUCCCGCCAGCAGCAACCGCAGCAGCAUCUCGGUCACGUUCACGGCCAGCACAUCCAGCAGUACCAGCAUAUGAGCUUCAACGAAUCGAUGGACUAUGUGCCCGGCAAGCGUGGACGUGGCCACGGACCCAAUAAGAAGCACCACGAUGGACAUAUGCAGAUGGGAGGUUCCGGCGGCAUGGGCAACAUGGGAGGUGGCGGAGGAGUAAACAACUCGAAUCAACGCCAUAUGGACAUCAUCCGGGUGCAGCUCUCGCUUAAGGAGGAGAUCAAGCUGUCUGAGUGCGAGAACGCCUGGCAGCCAGGCACACUGCGUCGCGUAUCCAUGGCCGGUGGUCAGGAUGAUGAGGACGAUGUGGAGGGAGUCCUGAAGAAGGUGCGCGGUAUUCUCAACAAACUCACGCCCGACAACUUUGAGGUGCUGCUCAAGGAAAUGUCUAGUAUUAAAAUGGACAAUGAAGCCAAAAUGACCAACGUCAUGUUGCUGAUCUUUGAGAAGACCAUUAGUGAGCCGAACUUUGCGCCCACCUAUGCCCGUUUCUGCAAGGUGCUGUUUCACGAGAUCAAGGCAGAAAACAAGUCGCUUUUCACCAGCUCUCUGAUAACGCGGAUUCAGCACGAGUUCGAGUCGAAUGUGAACGAUGCAAACGCGAAGGCCAAGAAACUGCAGCCCACCAUGGAUCGCAUUAGCCAGUGCUCGGAUGCGGCAAGAAAAGCUGAGCUGCGCGCCGAAAUGGAGGACCUGGAGUACCAGUUCCGACGUCGUGCCUGGGGCACUGUUCGCUUCAUCGGCGAGCUCUUCAAGCUGCAGUCGCUGACCAGCGACCGAGUGCUCAACUGCGUGGAGUCGCUGCUCGAGCACGGCUGCGAGGAGAAGCUGGAGUACAUGUGCAAGCUGCUGACCACCGUGGGCCAUCUACUGGAGGCCAGCCAACCGGAGCAGUACCAGCUAAGGGAUCGCAUUGAGAAGAUAUUCCGCCGCAUCCAGGACAUUAUAAACCGAUCACGAGGAACGUCGCACCGCGGGCAGGUGCACAUCAAGAUCAGCAGUCGGGUGCGCUUCAUGAUGCAGGAUGUGCUCGAUUUGAGGUUGCGCCACUGGGAUCAGCCAGUCACCGCCCAACAGUCGGGACAGCAGGGCGGUCGCGGACAGCAGCGGCACAAGCAGCACGACGAUGCCAAGGAUCAGUCGCACCACCAGAGUAGUGGACGAGGUAGUGGCGGUGGAAUGAACCAGCAUCAGCACCAGCAAUCGAUGCAUCAACACCAGCAAAAGCAUCACCAUCAGCAUGGUCACGACGGCGGCAACUACUUUAUGCAGAAGAUGCCCAACAAGCAGCAUCACGAGAACCAGACUGUGAGCAUUGAUCCCAGCAAGCUGCGUUUCAGCAGCAGCAGCGUCAACGACGAUUCCAUUGCCAAAUUGGGCAACUCUUCGCAUUACCAGUGGCGCAAUGCGGGCAACCGUCCGGUCAGCUCGACGCCAGUGAACACGUCCAAUGCUCCGCCGCCCACAUCGCUGCUGAAACGGCCUGGCCAAAACUACAGAUUUUCACCGUAUCAGCAGCCGCCGCCGCCAUUGGCCACACCCAUCACGACUGCCGGUGGUAACAGCAGGAGCCAUGUGGACCAAUCGCCAGAUGCUGCUUUUGAUAGCAAGAAGUGCCAGGAACUUAUUACCAAGCUGGUCGAGGAGGCACUCAACACGCGCGACUGGCAACCGGAGGUGCUGUCGAUUUGGCGUUCACACAGCGGCUCGCAGCAAUCGAAAACUCUGCACUAUCUGCUGAUGGAAUACCUGCACAAGUCGACGGUGAAGCGCCAACAGCGUCAGGCCUGCGCCAGUGUCUUUGCCUACCUAAUGGACAAGGAGGCCGUGGACAAGGAGAUCUUUGGACAGGCGUACUCUCGUUUCGGCGACGACUUCCCCGAUCUGCUGGUGGACGUGCCGAACGGAUGGGGUUAUGUGUUCGAGUUCCUGGGUCCCAUUAUUCACUCGGGCCAACUAGACCUCAAGGAUGUUUGGCAGCGGCGCUGGCUGGACGACUUGCUCUGCACGGAGCGCUUUGUGUACGCCUUCGUUAGCUAUUUUGUGCAGGAGUUCGGAGCCGCCUAUGCCCGCAAGCUGUGGCACAACGAUUACAAGCUGGAUCGCGGGCAGAUGUUCUGGAACGAUGCUCGCAAGUACAGAGAGUUUGUGCAGUCGCACAGCUUUUACUUUCUGGACAACAAUCCUGGCCAGAAUCAGGGACAUACCAAGGCGAGGGCACCCACCACGCCAAGGUCGCCGGUGGAGCACGUGGAGCGGAUUAGAUACCUGCUCGCCCUGUCCUGCGACAUGGCCAUCGACUACAUCAACACGAACGUGGCCAUCAAUGACAACUUUGUGAGGCAGCUCACUAGAUUCCUGUGCUGUGAUUUCGCGCUGACUGUGAUGACAAAAGGCGGUGGCAACGCCAGGCCGCUGCAGCUGAACACGGAGAGCUUUCGCAGCCGGUGUACGCCGCUGCUGCGACUCUGCAUCGACGCCCAGGAGGCGCUGGAGAUCGCUUGCAUAGACGAAGCGGUGGACUCGCUGCAGCAGCACUUUAUGGCCGAGUUCGAGGACGAUAUGGCCGCCGGUGAGACCAUCUGCAGUACGUUCAGCGUGCUGUACGAGAGCGAAGUGAUCCCCAAAGAGUCGUUUGACAAGUGGUAUAAGCUAGAGAUCGCGCACUCGUCGGCCUACCGACGACCCUUAAUCGACAAGCUGCGCGGCUUCAUCGAGGAGAUGUAAUACCAACCAGCAGUAACCCAACCAAACACCACAACGAAGUAAACUAACAACCAUCAACUGAAGCAUACAGCAACAUCGUUUGAAACCCAUCCUCAGACUAGGCGCGGUCGUAGGUGUCCAGUCAAGAACAUAACUCAAACGAUCAGUCUUAAAUUUUGCUUGUGAAUCUUGCAACCCACAGUGGGUGACAUAUGCCAGGUGUCGCCCUAACAUAACACAUAUUUGUUGUACGAUUGUAGAUCUGUCAUAACGAGUAUUCCACACACACUUAUAUGUUGUACGAUGAAUAGAUCUGUCAAAACGAAAAUUCUUUGUUUUUCAACACAGAUUCCUUUGAAAAAAAAAACCUUCAAGACACAUUAUCCAUUUCAUUUGUAUCACAACACGUUCCUUAAAAGAAAGCUAAGAUGAUUCCCUUUCGAUGACUUGGUCAUAAUUCAACACAAAGAUAAAAAUAUUUACACAUUACUCGUAUCCAAAAAAUAAAAAAAAAAACCAACAAAAAAAUUGAAAAACUAUGUAUAACAGAAUCUCGGAUGUCGAAAAAUAUUUUCAAGAUUUCAAAUUCGGACAAUGCGUUACCCAAUUAAAGCUGGGUAUAUAAAUAUAUUUAUGUAUAUUAACACAUGGACUAUUCACUUUCGUAAACCCACAGUAUUUCGUUAAUCGUUAAAAUUAAAGCGGACAUCAUUUAUAGAACUAGCUGCGUAGCCUAGCAUACUUUUCUAGACUUAUAACGAAUUUUUGUUUAUUUUACCUUUCAGUACAAAGCUUUAUGAAUUCGUUUUGUUUGUUAAUUUGAUUAAUUUAAACGAUUACCAACAUUAAUUUAUGUAUUUUCAAUGCAAACGGCUCAAAACAUAUACGAAAAUUAACCCCUCUUCCUAACAGGUCUGUAUUUCCAAUCUCAAUUCUGAGGCUUCUUGUUCGACUCAGAAAUUUCACGUAUAUUAAACAAAUAUAUAUAAAUAAUUUAUAAAAACUAUACGUACGUAUACUAAAAAAAUGUAAAUUAUAAAAAUCGUAAAGACAUGUAAAGUAUUUAGCACACAAAGCAUGAUUAUCCAAAGAUAAAUCUUAAAAUUAGCUGUAAAAAGGAAAGAAAAAAUACACUAAUAUUAAUUUCGAAAAUAUAUUAAACACAUUAUAUAGCUAUUUAAACCAAAUUAAAAAAAAAAAAUUAAAAAUCUAAUCAAGCCUAGAAGCAUACACAACCGAUAACGAGAGAAAAAAGCAAAAACAAAGAGCUCUAAGCCGCCUUUACUUAGUUAUUUUUAUAAAAUUGAACGAAACAAAAAACGAACUAAAUUGAAAAACAAAAAGAACUCAAUCUCAAAAAUUUAUAUAUAAUAUUUAAAGCGAGGCAACUAACACAAGUAGCGAAAAAAAGAGUUGUACUAAACUCGAGAAUUUUGUGUAUAAACUUUAGGUUUUUUUAUUUUUACACUACAAGUGACAAAAUAUGAAAUUGAUUUACGGCAAAAGCAAAGGAAAUUGUACGCAUAAGUAAUUAGCAAAAGAAACACAAGAAAACCCAUAAAAACCGAUGGAAAAAUACAGUUAAAUUAAAAUAGUUAAGAAUUGACAAAAGAAAAAAAAACCAAGCAAAGAAGGCAAAUGAAACGCUUCUGCACUAACAAGCAAAUAUUUCUAAAGCCAAGCUAAACCAUUUAUAAGCUUAAAUCGAGCAGUGGGCGUGGCACUUUAACUAGUUUCGUAGCAAUUUUCGGCAGGCAUUCCAAAUGCUUUCGGCCAACUUCUGGUAUAAAUUUAACCAAGGCAAACUGGUGUCCUGCAUUUUUAGCAGUCGAAGCAGAAGAUUGAGGAGAGCAAACAGCAGAAUCCGAGCGAAUGUGUAACACCACACCCAGCAGAAGCACACACAUGUGGCACCCAGGGCAAAAUAGGGAGACAAGAAAAGGGCGGGGGCAAGGCAAGAUUAAACAGAAAUCAAGAAGAAAUUGUAAACAGCAAAUAAUAAAAUCGAAAAGUAAAA